GUGGCAGUAAACUUCUCUCUUACCGUGCGCCUCGCCGCACCAGAUAACUCCGUCGUCUCUGAUCUGCGAUCUUAAGUCGCCGCGAUGACCCCCCCAAAUAAAAAACAACAAAACUCCUUCUGAGAAGGAAAGACUGAGUCGACUCGCUCUUCAACACGAUGGGAGGAGGAGAGGUUUCUAAAGAGAUGGGAACUUGCUCGUUAGCGUAUCGCCGCGGAGAUCACAAGCUACGCAAGUUCGUUACGGCGAGGAGCGCCAAGUUCCUCCUACUCUCCUGCAUCGCCUUCGCGCUGAUCACACUCGCUUGCCGAUCUUCCCGGCCUUGGUUCAACACUUCAAUCGCCGUCGCGGAUCAGAUCUCCAGAUCAAGGAAAGGUUACACGCUUUUGAUGAACACAUGGAAGAGAUACGAUCUGUUGAAGAAGUCCGUUUCGCACUACGCAUCGUGUUCUAGGCUUGACUCCAUCCACAUUGUGUGGAGCGAGCCUAACCCUCCUUCGGAGUCUCUCAAGAAGCAUCUCGAGAAGGUUGUGAAGAAGAAAGCUAGAGAUGGGCACGAGGUUGAGCUUAGGUUUGAUGUAAACAAAGAAGACAGUUUGAACAACAGGUUUAAAGAGAUUCAAGACUUGAAAACCGACGCUGUGUUCUCGAUCGAUGAUGAUAUUAUAUUCCCUUGUCACACUGUGGAUUUCGCUUUCAAUGUUUGGGAGAGUGCUCCGGAGACUAUGGUUGGGUUCGUGCCUCGUGUCCAUUGGCCUGAACAAUCGAAUGGUAAAGCUGAUUACUACACCUACAGUGGAUGGUGGUCUGUUUGGUGGAGUGGUACAUAUAGCAUGGUACUCUCAAAGGCAGCUUUCUUCCACAAAAAGUUCCUAACCCUUUACACGAACGACAUGCCAGCAUCUAUUAGAGAAUUCACUACCAAGAACAGGAACUGUGAAGAUAUCGCAAUGUCAUUCCUCAUCGCAAAUGCUACAAACGCUCCUCCUAUAUGGGUUAAAGGUAAGAUAUAUGAAAUAGGUUCAACAGGAAUCAGUAGCAUAGGAGGGCACACGGAGAAAAGAACACACUGCGUAAACCGGUUUGUAGCAGAGUUCGGAAGAAUGCCACUUGUAUACACUUCGAUGAAAGCCGUUGAUAGUCGCAGUUUAUGGUUCUGGUGAUUGCUCUUUCUCUUCCCCUCUGGUUUACUACUGCUCUUUCACGUUCUAGCUUUAGUGUAUGAUGAUGUUCCCCUAUUGUAACUUUUGUAACAUUACUGUGAGAAAAGAAACUCUUUUUUUAAUGCUAAAAAUGAGUUAUAUAUAUA